AUGGUUCACGCCCAGUUUAGUACGCCGGCUCUCCGUCCUACUAUUUACGAUGAGAAUGAGGUGCUUAUGUCGUCCUUUCUAGUCAAGCGGCCCACACAGAGUACCUCAUCGUUGGAUGAACAACAAGAUAUAGCCAGCGUGCUUCACCACAAUAUGCUUUGGAAGUCGAAUCACCGUUAUUGGUGUGUAUUGCGGCGCGGGCAAUUCAGCUACUACAAAGAUCAGACGGAGAGGAAGGCCGAGCGGGUCGUGUUAGUUGCCGACCUUCUAUACUGCCGCAUAUACGAUGAGAACAUGUUGGAUUUGUACACGCGCGAGAAGACCUUCAGGUUUAAGGCCGACGACUAUGCAUUGGCCCAGAAGUGGGAGCAGGCGUUCAAGCAGGUGAUGCAAGGCCGAGGAGAAAGCACAGUAGCAGAGCCUGUGGGAGAGGAGUCCUGCCUUGCCGGCGACUUGCCUGCAGACGUUGUGCGGCCAAAAGAAGAGGCUGGGCCUAGCAGACAGGAAGAGGACGAGGAAGAAGAGGAUGAUGGCUUUGAUGUUGUAUGCGAGACGGAUUUUGAGGCAGCGCCCCCGCGGACGGAACAGCUUUCUGCUGCAGAGCAGCGGUCUUCAGCGGCGAGCGAUGUCGCGUCGGUGAACAAUGGUGUCAUAUCCGAGGAAGAUAAAGCAUUUUACGAAGCAUACAAUCCUCAAGGGAACGAACGACUAAUACAAAGCGGCCUGCUUUACGGACAAGUCAGAAAUUCAAUCCGCAGGAAAAAGUGGAAACCUUUCAAGGGAGAAUUGACAAAUCGUCAUCUAAAGUUGGUAUCAGUAGCCACUUCCCAGGUAUUUGCCACAAUUGACCUAGCUGAGGUUGUGGACUGUGUGGAGUUGGACAAAAACGACCCCUGCUUUGCACUUAUAGUGACCACGCAAAGAUUGAAAUUUAAAGCAAAGACCGAUGAAGAAUUGGUGGAUUGGAUCAUCAAUAUUAAAAGCUCCGUUAUAGUUCGGGAAAGACUUCCCCAAGCACCGCAGUAA